GGAGCCGGGAGGUGGGACCGAGCACCCAGGUGCUUUGAGGGGUAAUUAGACAGCCGCGAAGGCUAAGAGACACCCCAGUCCACCUGUGAACAAGGUAGCGCUGAGGGAGACACUCUGAAAGCAAAGAAAGGGAUCGGUCCGUCACACCUACGGACAGCACAGUUCAAAGUUUUGUUUGUGUGUGUGUGUGUGUGUGUGUGUGUGUGUGUGUGUGUGUUUCUUCCUGUUUCUUUUUUUGUUUUUCCUUCUUCCCCCUGUGUGCGCACUACUAUGGUCAGAAAGCCUGUCGUGGGCACCAUCUCCAAAGGAGGCUACCUGCAGGGAAAUGUGAGCGGCAGGCUGUCUUCCAUGGGUGCCCAGGAGGCUCCUGGGCAGGAGAAAGUGGUACUGAAGAAGAAGAUCACCUUGCUGCGGGGGGUCUCCAUCAUCAUCGGCACUAUCAUCGGCGCGGGCAUCUUCAUCUCCCCCAAGGGCGUGCUCCAGAACACUGGCAGCGUGGGGAUGUCGCUGACCGUCUGGUCUGUCUGCGGGGUCCUGUCACUCUUUGGUGCUUUGUCCUAUGCUGAAUUGGGAACAAGCAUAAAGAAAUCUGGUGGUCAUUAUACAUACAUUCUAGAGGUCUUUGGCCCAUUACUAGCUUUUGUACGAGUCUGGGUAGAACUGCUCAUAAUACGCCCUGCAGCAACUGCUGUGAUAUCCUUGGCAUUUGGACGCUACAUUCUGGAACCAUUUUUUAUUCAGUGUGAAAUUCCUGAACUUGCAAUCAAGCUCAUAACAGCUGUGGGCAUCACUGUUGUGAUGGUUCUCAAUAGCAUGAGUGUCAGCUGGAGUGCCCGGAUCCAGAUUUUCCUAACCUUUUGCAAGCUUACUGCAAUUCUGAUAAUUAUAGUCCCUGGAGUUAUACAACUAAUUAAAGGAGAAACAGAGCACUUCAAGGAUGCUUUUUCAGGAAGAGAUGCAAGUCUUAUGGGGUUGCCACUGGCCUUUUAUUAUGGGAUGUAUGCAUAUGCUGGAUGGUUUUACCUCAAUUUUGUAACUGAAGAAGUAGAUAAUCCUGAAAAAACCAUCCCCCUUGCAAUAUGUAUCUCCAUGGUCAUUGUCACCAUUGGCUACGUGCUAACAAACGUGGCCUACUUUACCACCAUUAGUGCAGAGGAGCUGUUGCUUUCAAACGCAGUGGCAGUGACCUUUGCUGAGCGGCUGCUGGGAAAUUUCUCAUUAGCAGUCCCGAUCUUUGUUGCCCUCUCCUGUUUUGGCUCCAUGAACGGUGGUGUAUUCGCUGUCUCCAGGUUAUUCUAUGUUGCUUCUCGAGAGGGUCACCUUCCAGAAAUCCUCUCCAUGAUUCAUGUCCGCAAGCACACUCCUCUGCCAGCUGUUAUUGUUUUGCAUCCUUUGACCAUGAUCAUGCUCUUCUCCGGAGACCUCUACAGUCUUUUGAAUUUCCUCAGUUUUGCCAGGUGGCUUUUUAUUGGGCUGGCAGUCGCCGGACUGAUUUAUCUUCGAUACAAACGCCCAGAUAUGCAUCGCCCUUUCAAGGUGCCGCUGUUCAUCCCUGCACUGUUCUCCUUCACCUGCCUCUUCAUGGUCGCCCUUUCCCUGUAUUCAGACCCAUUUAGCACUGGAAUUGGCUUUGUCAUCACUCUGACAGGGGUCCCUGCAUACUAUCUCUUUAUUAUAUGGGACAAGAAACCCAAGUGGUUUCGAAGAAUAACAGAUCAAGUAACUAGAACACUGCAGAUAAUACUGGAAGUUGUACCAGAAGACUCUCAUAAAUUUUGAUGAUGUAUUGAACUCUUGGCCAUCUCUCCAGGGAUGGAAAUGCAACAUAGAUUCUUCAUUUUCUUGGAAUCCAAAGAAAUAUAACUUUGGUGAUCAACAAAAAUUGGUUAUUUCUAUUCAUAUCAUCCAGUGUAUACAAACUAAUUUCUAGGAAACUAAAUUAUGGCUUCAUUUACUUGUAGAAAACUAAUAAGCAGAUCUCACUGUCAGUUCAUACCAUUCCUGAGGCUGUUGCCUAUCUCUUGUGGUCAGAAAAAAAGACCAAGGGAAUUGAUUGUUACCUCUAGUGGUCAUUCUCUACAACAUAUUAUAUCAUGACUAUGAUACUUCAAAUUGAAGGCUGAGACAUUUUCUGUAUAUAUGGGUUUUACACACAUAGUUUUACCUACUGUAGAUGUCUAUACUGUGAAAAGUAUUUCCCAUUUUUUUAAUGAAAAAAUGUCAUUAUUGUUGUAAGAAGUAACUUUAUUUCCCAUUGGCAUUGUAUUACAUACCCUUGGAUACCAACUUAGUAAUCACUCAACUUUUAAUGGGUUACAUCCAGAUCAUUUGAACAAAAGUCAGGGGAUAUGUCUAAUUUGUAUGUGUGUGUAUGUGUUUCUGUGUAUGUAUCUGUGUGUGUGCUGCUGGGGAUUGAGCUCAGGGUCUUGCACAAUCUAGCCACUCUACCACUGAGCUACAUCCUCAGCCUCUAUAUUUUUUAAUACAUUUAUAAAAGUGCUUCUUGUGGUUAUUGUUUAUGAUUCAAAUACAUUUGAGUAAAAAUACUUGAGAAUUUAUUAUGUUACAUAUUUUUUUCACUCACUGUCAUGAAGUUCUAUAUUGAACAUGUCAUUUUGUUUCAAUCUUAGUUUAUCUGGGAAACUGUAAACCGUUUGCUAUUACAUUCAUUUAACAAAACAGCCUUGUAGUAAUUUCCUUUUUGGUAAAUAUAUUUAAAUGUAAAUCUUCAAAUUACAACAUCAACAUGAAAGAAGUUGCCAAUAAAGAAAAUAGCCCAAAUACUAGGUUUAGCCCUAUAAUAUGUAUAUGCAAUGCUAGUGAUUGUGAUCAACUUUCUUUUCACUUAAUGGUUAUUUUUAUGUGUAAUAAAUUUUGGUAGUUUGUACAUUUGGUUAAAAUAUGUCUCCAGAAGUAAACUGUCUGGGUCAAUUAGGAAAAGGCAUAUAUUUACAUAAAAAUUAUGGCAGAAAUGCUAGUACUAGGUAAGAUUUACCAAUGAUAUUCUUUUAAAAUCUCUGAUUCUAGGCUCUUUCAAUAAUUUUGUCAACUUAAUUAGCAUUCAACUUGGGAAAGAUAACUGAGAACAUGUCUAUUGUAAGAACUAAAACUUGCAGGAUUGUAUAUACAUUCAGACAGAUGUUGUUAAGCCUACGUUAGAAAACCCUAUAGAAUUUUCAGAGAAUAAUAUACCAAUGGAAAAUAUUUUAUUUAUAAAUGUCUAAGAUGAAGUUCUUGGUCAUAACCAGAGUUACAUUUCAUCCCUUAGCUUUUGUCUAUUUGAAAUGAUAAAAUUUCAAAAAAAAAUUACACUAAUUCAAAUCAUUAAGACCAGACAUAUAAUUACCCUCCCAAAAGAAAUGCUACUUUA